AUGGCUUCAGUUGAUUCUCAUCAAUCCGGUUACCAGGAUAUACAAAACAUGGCAGAUUUACAACAUCUAUUUAAUAAGGAAGCUGUUGAAACAAAACAAAUCAAUUGUUCAGAUGUUGAAAUAGAGGAUCAUAAUGAUGUAAACAUCGAUCUUGGGCUUGGGAAAGAUGAAGAUAAUAAUGUAGUGGGAACGGUUUUCGCUAGCCCUGAUGAUGCAUAUGAGUUCUACAACCGUUACGCCUUUUUACAUGGAUUUGGAAUACGCAUUUAUACAGCUUUUAAAAAUAAGACAACAAAUGAUCCUUAUCGAAAGAAAUAUGUAUGCAAUAAACAAGGUUUUAAAGAUUUAAAGUCUAAUAGUUCUAGUGGGGAUGUUAAGAAACGUCGCAGGGAUUUAAGGACCGGAUGUGAGGCAUUUCUUCGAAUUUCUAAAAGUAAAGAUGGGACAUGGUUUGUGGAUAUGUUUAAUGAUGUACACAAUCAUGAGCUAACUGUUACUCCGACCAAAGUAAUGAAACACCGUUCUCAUGCGAAGUUUCACCGCUCAAUGGCCUGCAAAUCUCUAGCGACGGAACUCAGUCAAUCCGGGUUGAAACCUUGCCAAAUCAAGAAGGUCAUAAAUACGAUGAAAAGUCCAGAAGAAAAUGAUGUAACAUCCAAACAAUGUACUGACAUCUUAGCUGAGCAACGAAAACAGUACAAAGGUAAGGAGUUUUAUGGGCUCAUUAAACAUUUCCAAGAUAAAUUAUUAGAAGAUCGUAACCUUUAUUUUGUUGUGGAUUUGUCUAAUGAUGGGUCUCCAAGAAAUAUUUUCUGGGCUGACGGGAGAUCAAGAGACUCGUAUGUAAAAUUUGGGGAUGUUGUUGUGUUCGAUGUCACGUACAUGACCAACAAGUUUAAGAUGCCAUUUGCUCCAUUUGUCGGGGUUAAUCACCAUGGCCAAUCCAUACUUUUUGGUGGUGCAUUACUGGAGAAUGAGAAACAAGAAACUUUUGAAUGGUUAUUUCAAAAUUUCUUGAAGUGCAUGUUCAACAAGUAUCCGCACGCAAUAAUUACCGAUCAAGAUAAGGCUAUUGGCAAUGCAAUCAAAAGCGUUUUUCCAAAUACUCGACAUCGUUACUGUUCAUGGCAUAUUAAGAAACAUGAGAUCGAGCAUCUUCGACCACUUACAAAUCGUUGUAGUGAAUUUCAAAUGUUAUAUAAUCAAUGGGUAAAAAGUGAUACAGUCGAAGAAUUUGAAACUCGUUGGAAAUUAUUAUGUGAAAAAUAUAAUUUUGAAAGUGGCAGUUGGAUAACAGAGAUGUAUAGCCAACGUAAAUAUUGGGCUAAAGCCUUCUUAAAAGACUGUUUCUUUGCUGGCAUGACAACAAGCGGGAGAAGCGAGAGCAUUCAUUCCUUUUUUGAUGGGUAUGUAAAUUCAAAGACAAUGCUGAAUGAAUUUGUAAUCCAAUAUGAUAAAGCUGUUGAGGCUCGACGAGCUGCUGAAGAAGAUGAAGACUUUAAGACCAUGAACUCGAAGCCAACGCUUUCUUCUGUUAAUCCAAUAGAGGCAAAAGCGAGUUCGCGUUACACUAGAAAGUUGUUUGAUGUAUUCAUGAAAGAAUGGACCGAAGCUACAUUCAAUUUAAGUCAUGAGAAGGCAAGCAAGAAUUUGGACGAAAUAGUAUAUAAGGUUGGACAAUUGGAUAUUGCUAAAAUAUAUUGGAGAACUGUUAAAUUUCGUCUCUCACCAAAGAUAGAUGUCACAUGUUCAUGUGCAAAGUUUGAAACAUAUGGGAUAUUGUGCAAGCAUAUCUUAUAUAUCUUGAAGAAGAAGCAUGUUGAAACUCUUCCUGAUCAUUAUAUUUUACCCAGGUGGACACUUGAUGCCAGGCAUAAGUUGGAUAAUUGCAAUAUUGGGCUCGAAGAUAUACAUGGUAAAAAUGAAGUCAGUGCAUUAACGUUAUGGUGUGUUCAGUCAAAUUUCAGAAAAGCAAUCGAACAUGCACGAGACUCCCUGUUUGAGAUAAAGAAACUAAAUACCUUACUGGUUAAGUUUUUAGAUGAACAAAGUAUUCCAACGAAGUCUAAACAGUUAGAGAUUGCAUCACAAGAUUCUAAUAUGGGAAGUUCACAAGUAAACAUGAUGCCGCAAAUUUCUAUUCGGGAUCCAUUAGCUCCUGUUAAUACCAAAGGUCGUCCUAAAAAUGCAACUAGAAUCAAAUCUUCACUUGAAGCACCAAAAAAGAGAACUUGUUCUUACUGUAAGGGAAAGGGUCACUACAUCAGCGGAUGUCUGAAAAAGAAGGAAGAUGCUUUAAAGGCGAAAGAAGGAUGA